AUGAAAUCCUAUUUGAUAGCCUGUCUAUUACUAAGUGUCUUAAGUGUUGAGAUUACUCUUAAUAAUGCAAUAACAACUUAAGCUUUAGAAAAAUUGAAAGAAUCUUCAUGGGCUUCAUUUAUUGUUGAAUUUGCUUAAGUUGAAUUAUCUACAGGUGGAGCCUUGUCUGAAUUAGUAGAAACUAUUAAUCAAUUGAUUGAAUAAUUACAAGAAGAACUCUAAGAUAUUCAUAAUACAUAUUCAAGAAGAACUGAUGAACAUAAUCGAGAUGUAACUAGACUAGAAUAAGAAAUCUAAGAUGCUGCUAAAGGUAAUAAUAAAAUAUUAUAUAGAUAUCUUUACUGGAUAAGAUUUUAUUGAUAAUGUUCUAAUACCAUAAAAGGAAAGAUUCCAAUAAUCUUUGGUUUAAUUGAAAAUUAAUAUUGAAGAAAAUAGAAGAGUAUUAGAUGGAGAAAUUAUUAACAGAAAGAGAUAACAUGAAUAAUUCUUAUCUAAUAUUGCUGAAUUAAAUGAAGCUAUUGGUGCUGUUGAUGAAUCACUUGGAUUAUUAUCAUAAAUUUCUAAUCCAUCACUUAUUUAAUUCAAGAGAGUUUAGACUAAUUUAGGUAGAAUUCAAUCAUCAUUUUAAAAUCGCUCAUCUUUUGCUCCAAUUAUAAAAGCUUUACUUGAAUUAGCAACUGAAUAAAAUUUUACAGAUUAAGGUUCAGUAUAAUAAGUAAUUAUUAUAAUAAUUUUAUCCUUUUUAGCUUGUCAAAAUAUUUAAUGAAUUAAGAGUUCAAUUUGUAGAUUCUCUUAAUUAAGAAACAGCAGAUGAAAGUUAAGCAGAGACUAAAUAUACAGAAAGAGUUGCUUAAUUAGAAAAAGAAUUUGCAGAAUUCUAAAGAUCAGUUUUAAUUAAAAAUUCUGAAUUAGCUGCUAAUGAAUGUAUAUUAUAUUUAAAAAUAUUUAUUAGAAAAACUUGGAGAAACAAUUGUCUAUGUAGGAUAACGAAAAGAUGAUAAAGAAACACUUGAAGCAUAAUUAUAAGCAGAAAAUGAUAAUUAUGCUGCUGAAACAGAUUUGUAUACAAGAACUGUUACUGAAUAUAAUAAAGAAAUAGACAUUAGUAAACAAGCUUAUGGUUUACUUACAUAACCUAGUUUCGAAUCUUAUGUUAGAUCAACAGUUGGGAUUUGA